AUGAAAAAGACCCUGUUGCUAUGUUUUAUCCACGGAUUCAAGGGCGGAGAGUCCACCUUUGGCGAUGACUACCAAUUCACCCGUAGCCUGCGCGAUAGUAUCGCCAAGCAACUACCAAAAAUAAAUGUCAAGGUUCUCGUCUACCCGAAAUAUGAGACCAGAGGUGAUCUGGGAGAAUGCGUCAGCCGCUUCCGCGAUUGGCUCCUCGAGAAGGUCAUUGAUAUUGAAGUUGAGACCGGUACCGCCUCACCCACUAUUGACCCUUCCGUCCGAACCAUCUUAAUCGGCCAUUCCAUGGGUGGCAUUGUCGCCGCCGACACAGUCAUCAACCUCACUUCUGAGAAACCCAUCCUUCCAGAGACCAUUGGUCAAGACCUGCCCUCCCCAUCUCUGCAUAGCCUAAUGUUUCCCUAUAUCCAAGGCGUCCUUGCCUUCGACACCCCUUACCUCGGCAUCUCACCCGGCGUGGUCGCCCACGGCGCCGAAAGUCAUUACAACACAGCGACCAACGCCCUCGCCCAGAUCAACAACCUCUGGGGUACCGGAAAAUCCACAACGGCAACCUCAGCCUCCUCCACCGGCCUCAAAGCUCUGCCAGCGCCACCCGUCGACAACGCCGCAGCCGCGGUACCGGCCCAAAGCGGCUGGGGCAAAUGGGGCCGUGUUGCCAUGUACGCGGGCGCGGGCGCCGCCGCCCUCGCCGCAACCUCUGCCGCGGCAUACGUGAAUCGCGACAACAUCACCCAGGGCUUGGGAUGGGUUUCUUCCCAUCUUGAGUUCGUAGGGUGUCUUGCGCGCGCCGAGGACCUUAAGCGGAGGGUGGCGCAUCUGGUGCGCGCGUCCGAGGAGCUUGAUUUCGGCUUCGCGAACUUGUACACGAGGCUUGGACAGGCCGCCGGAUCGAAGAAUGUGCCGGGCGUGGCGGGGUCUGUGUUUGGGAGUCAGAGGACGUUUUGUAACUUGCCGAGUCGGAUGGCGGCGGGGACGUGGAAGGAGGCUGUGAAUGAUAAGGCGUCCGACGAGACGAUUGCGCAUAUGAGUAUGUUUGAGCCGAAUAACAACCCCGGGUAUAAUGUUCUCUUAAAGGAUGCGACAGAACUCGUCGUGACUUGGACUAGGAAUGAGUGGUAUGAGUCGAGCUCGGAACCGCAGGCCGACCGGGAGAUGCCGCAAUGA